GCGCACGCUUCGCGCGACAGGAGGCACUCCCGCGAGACUGCACUCGCGCGAGCGUCCAGCGCACAGGUUCUUCAACCCGCGCGCCCGAGUUCGCGUCCCCCGUCUCGUCCGCGGAAGGCGGCAGACAACGCAAGGGACCGCCCGAGAAGCGAAGGACGAAGGGUCGUCGAACCGUCGAAAACAGGCAGAGAUGGCUUCCGCCUCCAGCGCGCUCCCGCGCCGCAUCAUCAAGGAAACCCAGCGGCUCCUGUCCGAGCCCGCGCCCGGCAUCAGCGCUCAGCCCCAGGAGGAUAACCUGAGGCACUUCUCGGUGAUGAUCCGGGGUCCGCAGGAUUCGCCGUACGAGGGGGGCGUGUUCGAGCUGGAGCUCUUCCUCCCCGAGGAGUACCCGAUGGCGGCGCCCAAGGUUCGCUUCCUGACGAAGAUCUACCACCCGAACAUAGACACCCUCGGCCGCAUCUGCCUGGACAUCCUCAAGGACAAGUGGUCCCCGGCGCUGCAGAUUCGCACCGUGCUGCUGUCCAUCCAGGCGCUCCUCUCGGCGCCCAACCCGGACGAUCCCCUGUCCGAGAAGAUCGCCAAGGCUUGGAAGGUCGACGAGGCGGAGGCGCUCAAGACGGCGAAGGAGUGGACGCAGAGGUUCGCCAUCAAGAACUGAGCACGAGAGCGACGAGGGUGGGUGCGGUUGAGUGAAAGUAAGUGUCUGAAGAAGGCGGGGGUCGACGGACGACGAGCGCGUAAGAUUAGCCGCGUUCCAACUUGCGAAUUCGACCGAUUUUUGCAUGCU